UUUUUUUUCCUUUUUUCUUCCUUCCCACAACGCAAAACGGGAGAGCUGCGCCUGAGAGUUAGGGUUAGCCCACACGAGCUCGACGCCUAUUCCGGAGGGCGGUUGCGGGGAGGCGCGUUUUUCGCAACAGGCAGCCAGGCAGCCGGCCGGUUGGUUGGUCGGUCAGCGCCGCCUCGGCCAAAGCCAUGAUCGGUGUGAACAGCAUCAACAGCAGCGGCAGCGCCGGGCGUCUCCGGCCGCGCUCCAUGUGCUCGGUGCGCUAUGGGCGCAACUGCCGCGGCGUGGAGACCUUCUGCUACGGCUGGCCGCAGCGCUCGCGAACCCUCAAGCCCGUCCUCUACACGGACCUGGUGGUCAACCGCUUGCAGAGCCGCAGGAAGAAAAAACCGGCUGUAUACAGCUCUAUCAAGAAUGAAAAGCUACAGUGGGCCAUAGAUGAAGAAGAGCUGCGAAAGUCCCUUUCGGAAUUGGCAGACCCCAACUCAAAGUCUAUCAAAUGCAUCAGCAGCUGCAGCAACCCCUUCCUGGACUUCUCACAGGAUCCCAGCAUUGCUAUGUACAAGUACGGUUUCCUGGUGCGCAAGAGCCAUGCCGAACCAGAUUGCAAAAAGACUCCAAGAGGAAAACGGGGAUGGAAGACUUUCCAUGGGAUACUAAAGGGAAUGAUCUUGUAUCUACAGAAGGAGGAAUAUAAACCUGGCCAAGCCCUGGCUGAGGAAGAUCUGAAAAAUGCCAUCAGCAUCCAUCAUUCACUGGCUACCCAAGCAUCAGAUUACAGCAAAAGACCCAACGUUUUCUACCUCAGGACAGCUGACUGGAGAGUCUUCCUCUUCCAAGCCCAGAACACAGAACAAAUGCACUCCUGGAUCACACGGAUUAAUGUGGUAGCAGCUAUGUUCUCUGCACCACCAUUUCCAGCAGCCAUUGGAUCCCAAAAAAAAUUCACUCGCCCGUUACUGCCCAGUUCUUCCACAAGACUAUCACAGGAAGAGCAACUGAAGAGUCAUGAAAUCAAAUUUAAAGCCAUGGCAGCAGAACUCUUGGAGCAUCGUUCCUCCCUCCCUGAGAAGAAGGUGAAAGGCAAGGAGUAUGAGGAACUGAAGCAGAAAGAGGAGUAUCUGAUAUUUGAAAAAUUACGCUAUGGCAUUUAUGCUACACUAAUGCGCACCAAGUUGAAGACUGGCUCUGAGGAUCUGGCCGCUUUGGAAGCCACCCUGUUUGUUACAGUGGGUAGCUCAGAAGACAGCUUCAAGGAGUCCCAGUCCAGCCUUCCCCUGAACCAGGAGCCAGCUGGCACAGGUUCCAAGAUAAAAUGCAACAAUCAGUAAGCUACUAGUAAAGAACAAAGAUGAUAGAUGAUCGCUCUUGGCAAAGAAAAUGGCAUUCCUGUCCUAGAAAUUUGCAAAUUGUCAUUGCUCAUGGUCAGGAGGGAAGGGAAGACAUUAUAAAUGGGCCUAAUUCUGUAUCAACUUCACCAGUGGGAAAAUGUGACUACAGUCCUACAUUAUACGGCCUUCCCAGUAUAAUCAGACUAUAGUUUAUGGAUGAAAGUACUAAACUUCACGGUUAAGUAACAGAUCUGCAUUCUUAAUCAGUGCUUCACUGUACCAACUUUUUUCUAUCUCUUGCAAAACCAAGGAUAGGAAAGUGGAAGAAAGGAGACUACUUCCCUUCCUUUUCUUACAAUUUUUGUGAUAUAUAUUUUACAGUUUUUAGUACCGGAUAGCGCUGAAUCACACUGGAGUAGAAAAGAUAAUUUUGGCAUGCAUAAGACAGACAUGAUGCCGAGUAAUACUUUUACAUAAGAAUGCUGGGGGCAGAGGUUCUUCAUCAUCUCCCUUGCAGAUACAAUGCAGCACCGUCAACCUGUAGGAGUUGGAAGCUCCUUCUUCCUGGAAGGCCAAUUCUUCCACCACCAGCAACUUUCUUGGAGUGGUUCAGUUAUUUUCUCAUCAGCACAAGCUGGAUCACGACUUAUCCUGCUAGUUGUUCACCUCUUACAAAACGGCAGAGGUUGCAUAUGCUUCAAAGGAACUAUCAUUAACAGGUAAAAUCAGGGCUCGUAGCUGUCUCCCAUUCUCCUGUUCCACAGCAAAACACCGUUGUGGGCCUGCUGGUCUUAGGCCUAAUUAGAUUCUGCAAGUAAUUUAUGAAUUUGAGUGACCAGAACAAAAUAGGCUGAUUAUGUAGUAGAAAAAACUGGCCAGUCUAUUGCCUGAGCCUGAUGGGGGCCUAUUCAGAGGGAUGGGGGGGGGGAUUCCAGAUGUCCAGGAACAUUCCCAACUCCCAAACAAUUGGUUGCAUAAGUAGUAUGGUCCUAACAGCUGUAUAGAUAACCUGGUCCCUUAAUUUAUAAUCUCAAAAGGCUUUUAAGAUGCGACUCAAAGCUUGAUGACAAUGUUAUGUAUGCAGUGAAAGAUAAAAGGACCAAGCUGAUCAUUGGGGCUGAACUAUAAACCACAUAAAAUUCUGGAGAAGGGGUAUAACUACCUAUAUGGUGGGAUAUUGCAGGGUAAUACCCGAGAGAUAAAACACCACUUCCAGAGAUCCAGUACUGGAUCUGAAAAUAUGUCAGAUUUCUUCUGUUCUAUGCGGCGUGUAAAAAAAACAAAACACCAAUUGUACAGUUUCUUCUUCAGUUACUUCUACUGUUUCUUCUUCAGUUACUGAAGUAAACCAGCUCAAAUAUCUACAGUUCUCCUUCAAACUCUGUAUUACAGAAAUAGGAUAAAGAAUGUGUUACUGUGAAUGCCAUAAAUCAGGACCCACAGCUUCAGUUGCCUGAUUCAAACACAGAUAACUGACCACCUCAAUAUGAAUGAGUGGAAAGCACCAUAUUUUUUUCUCAAAAAUCUUUCAGAUGUUGGAGAGAAGCCUGUCUUAGAUGCUGGAUUAUGCAGAUGCACACAAGCACUUGUUCUGAAAUGGCCAUUAAG